CUCAUUGACUGGGGGAAAAGUUUAAUUGGCAAAGGAAAUGGCUGUGGAAGAAGAAGCACCCUCAGGACUAAGAGCUGUACGCAUAGAACCAGCGGCAACGGAGCCUCUGCUGAUUUCCAACGGUGAUGAACAUCUUGGUGACGCUGCUGCAUGCGACGGCGGUUGUUCUGGCAACUCCCUUGUCCUUGUCAGCACUUUGAUUGCCGUCUGCGGCUCUUACGCUUUCGGGAAUGCGCUGGGUUACUCAUCUCCUGCUGAGACUGGAAUCGUAAACGAACUAGGCCUCUCUCUUGUUGAGUAUUCGGUGUUCGGAUCGGCAUUGACUAUUGGGGCCAUGUUCGGAGCGGUACUGAGUGGAAGAAUUGCAGAUAUCAUUGGCCGGAGAGGCGCUAUGUGGGUGGCCGAGACGCUCUGCAUAACUGGUUGGCUGGCAAUAAUCUUUGCAAAGAAUGCCUUGUGCCUCGACCUCGGCAGACUGUUAGGUGGAUGUGGAAUCGGGCUUCUAUCUUAUGUGGUACCAGUCUAUGUUGCAGAAAUAACACCAAAGAAUGUCCGUGGAGGAUUUACGUCUCUCAAUCAGUUGAUGAUAGGUAUUGGCAAAGCAAUCAUGUAUCUCAUCGGCUCGCUCGUAGGUUGGCGCGUCUUAGCAGCAAUAGGAACUAUUCCAAGCUUGAUACAGGUGAUAGGCCUAUUUUUCAUUCCCGAGUCUCCUCGGUGGCUGGCAAAAGUUGGUCGAGAAAAGGAGUUCAAGGCUUCUCUACAACGCCUUAGGGGGAAGAACGCGGAUAUUUCUCAGGAGGCAUCUGAUAUAAUGGAAUACACGGAAAAACUCCACUCCAUGUCUGAAGGGGGGAUUAUGGAACUUUUCCAGCGGAAAUACGCUCAUGCCUUGGUGGUGGGAAUAGGACUGAUGAUCUUCCAACAGCUUGGAGGGCUCAACGGAUUUGUAUUUUACACAAGUGCCAUCUUUGAGGCUGCUGGUUUCUCGGCAAGUAUAGGAAACAUAAUAGCGGCUGUCGUCCAGAUUGUAGGGACAACUUCAGGAGUCGUCCUGGUAGACAAGCUGGGAAGGCGAGCACUUUUACUGACUUCUGCAGCUGGAACAUGCCUGGGGUGCCUCUUCACGGGAUUAUCGUUCUUCUUCCAGGACCUUAACUUUGCCAAGGAGCUUGUUUCGAGCUUGGUGCUUGUCGGUGUACUGGUUUUCUUGGGUUCGUUUGAGCUCGGCAUGGGAGGAUUACCAUGGGUUAUAAUGUCAGAGGUAUUUCCAAUAAACAUCAAAGGAUCAGCAGGAAGCCUGGUGAAUCUUGUCAGUUGGCUAGGCUCGUGGGCAGUUUCCUACACUUACAACUUCUUAUUCGAAUGGAGCUCAGCGGGGACAUUUUUUAUAUAUGCGGGGAUAUGUGGUAUCAGUGUCGUGUUUAUCGGGAAGCUCGUGCCGGAGACGAAGGGGCGAACAUUAGAAGAAAUACAGGCCUCGAUCACUAGAAACAUGUUGCUGUAAAGACGACAACAAUUGAUGAAAUAGACAGCACAUAAUACUACAAGAGAUGAGAGCUCUUUUGAUCCUAACAAACAUAACAAUACAAGAUGCAUGUACAUGUUUUCGGCAAAUAUAUAUAGUUGAGAUGAUAUCAUAGAGGGAUAGUUUGGCAUGCCAUUGGCAAAAAUCUAACAGCAAUGGUGUAUUUACUGAGUCUGGACUGACCGCUCUCCCUGCCCCCUUAGCACUGCCAUUGUGGUUUGCGGCUUCUGCAUAUUGGGAACUUCUGUACAUAAAGUAAUCAUUUCUCGCCACAACUGAUGAGUAACAACCACUUAUUAACAAUUCGACCACUGCAUUUGUUUUCU